AUGGCGUUAUCACUAGUUUUGCUUUGGUAUUGCAUUUUUCUUAUUAAUAAUUCACAAGGUUCAGAGAUCCAGUGUCCUAAAACUUGUGAUUGUCAGUUUGCUUCUAAAAUACAAUGCACAAAUCCUAUAUUGACCACGUUUCCAACCUCAGGAGCAGUUUUAUCUACUGUUAGGCAACUAGUGAUUAUGGGAACAAAGAUUCGAUCUGUCGGAAAAGAUAAUCUCUUUAAUUAUCCAAAUUUAACACUGCUAAACUUAAAGAACAAUAAAAUUGAAGACAUUCAAGAUGGGGCCCUUGCAGGAUUGCAUAAUUUAAAAACACUACAUUUGGGAUAUAACAGGAUAAAAAAUAUUAUAGAUGACGUUUUUGCCAGAUUACAUAGCUUGGAAUCACUGUACCUGUAUAACAAUAAGAUAGAGAAGAUCUCAGAUGGAGUUUUUGCAAGCUUGCACAGCCUGCAAAAACUGUCUUUGCAGUACAAUACGCUACACGAUAUAACUUCUCCGAGAAUAUUUCAAGGAUUACCAAGUUUAAAAGACCUGUACCUGCACAAUAAUAAGAUUGAUAGGAUUGCGGACGGAGUUUUUGCAAGUUUGCAUAACCUACAAGGGCUGUAUUUACAGAAAAACAGGAUAGAAAAAAUUGGAGAUGAGGUUUUCAUAAACUUAUAUAAUGUAGAGAAACUAGAAUUAGAAGAAAACAUAUUGGAUGGUAUGAAUUCUUCUGGAAUUUUCAAAGGAUUGUCAAACCUAAAAAGUUUGAGGUUAUCAAAAAAUGGGAUUCGUCAUAUAGAUGACAUUCAUAUUAGUGAUUUAAGUAACUUGCAGCAGUUAUCACUAUCACGGAACAGAAUUAGCGAAUUGCCUGCCGGAGCAUUUAAAAGCAUGACCAAGUUACGGACAUUAUGGUUAUAUGCAAACUCAAUUAAUAUUAUUAACCAAGAAGCAUGGAAUAAUUCUCUAGAAUUACGUCUGAUAGAUUUGUCCCAUAACGAUGUCACGAAUAUCAACGAAUCCGGUUUAUCACAAUUUAAAUACUUGAAAACAUUGUACCUAUUUGACAAUAAAAUAAGGGUCAUCCUUCCGGAAGCUUUUGCUAAUCUAAAUAAGUUAGCUGUCGUGCUUAUUCCAGAUAAUUUUGUCUUCAACAUUACUGCAGCCACUUUUGAAGGCUCUUAUAAUCUUAGUACCAUAAAAUUAUCUGGAAAUAGUGUCCGGCAGAUUUCUGGCAGUUCAUUCUCUAAUUUAACUAAUUUAAAAAAGCUGGAGCUUACAAUUUGCUCCGUUUCUGAACUUGGGACUGAUAUUUUCUCUAGCACAUCUAAACUUGAGCAAUUGGACCUUAGUAGCUGUAAAAUUUCGGUGGUUUCCUCUUGGGCUUUCUCUAAUUGCACUAACCUAAAAAUGUUAAAUUUAUCAGCUACAUUAAUACAAACCUUACCACCGUAUUUAUUCGGAUUUAACACGCAAAAUAAUAUUGAGGAAAUAACGCUAUGUACAAAUUUUAUUCGAUACCUUCACCCUGAUACUUUCAAAUCGCUGAUAAAGCUGGAAGAAUUGAAUCUCAAUCAGAACAAAGUUAAAUAUCUCCACGAUUUUGAAUUCGCUAAUGUCGGAUGCUUAAAAGAGCUGUAUUUAACAUCUAAUGAAAUCAAAUUAAUGGGCAAGAAAGCAUUUCAGGGUCUGAGAAAGCUAACACGAUUGCAUAUCAAUAACAAUUACUUAAUUUCGCUCAAUCGGACUGUUUUCGCCGGAUUAUAUAACCUCACUUAUCUAUUUUUAAGGUCGAAUAAAAUCAAACAUAUCCAAGCCGAUUCAUUUUCUGGCUUGGAUCAUAUACAAGAGAUAUUGCUCAAUGGAAAUCCUCUAUAUUUUGUAACCGAUCUACCCUUAGGCAGCUUUAAAGUUCUUCAUCACUUGGAUUUAUCCAAUAAUUUAAUGACCGAACUCAAUAUUCCUAAGAGCUUUCAAUGUUUACACCAUAUCAAUAUUUCUCAUAAUAAAUUUGUCGACAUUACAAGCAUACAUCUAAAUAAUGUUUCCUGCGUCUCAUCUCUGUAA